CCACGGCCCUCUGCACGUGACUUCAACGGUACUGUUCGUGUCACGUGAUUGGCCUUUCAUUAUGGCCGCCUCCUGGAAGGUGACAGGUCUGGCAGUCAGUUAGAUCUACCCAGUUGCAAAAGUUGGAAGAAAAUUCAAUGAAAGGGAACAUUCAACAACAUAAUUUCUGCCAGAUGAAAUGGAACCCCAAACGCUUUUCGGGAUUCUACAAUAAUUAAAACUUUCCUCAGUACGGUGUACAUCAUAAGAAAAGUCUUGCAGCAAUGUUGAAAAAUCCUGUCUUUGUGGAGUCCUUCAUUGUUUUCAUCAUCGUGUUGUCUGUCCACGCUGUGAUCUGGAACAUCUUUACCUGGUGCACGCUUGCCUUGGCGAUUCAGGCUUAUUAUGUUCAGCAUAAGUGGGACAGGUUACUAAAGUCCGGAAAUGCAGUUUUUCAAUAUAGAUCGACCUUUAGUAGUGGCCUGCUACCAGCCAGUGUGGUAUUGCCUCUGCUAGGAAUUGUGUUAAAGGAACAGUGGGAAACUGUUGGAAAUGUACAGUUCGAGCGGUUCUGCAUUGUGUGUUCAGCUGCAGGAAUGGCUAUUGCUCUGUUCAUCUCAUUACUCGGUUUAGGCCUCACAAAGCCUCGACCCACGAAUACCAGCAUUCUGUAUGGUUUUGUAGCCAGUGCUAUAAUAUAUGCCCUUAAGCACGCUCUUUCAGUGUCUGAGGUCAUCGAAAUCCUGGAAAUAUUAUUAAUUUUUGUUUAUCUUUCUCUCAUUGUCCUUUAUAUUAUGCCACAGAGCUUCACCCCAGGAGAAGUUAUGUUGUUUUUGUCAGGUUUGAGUAUAGUCACCAACCAACUCAUUAAACGGUCUUUGACUUUUGGAGAUGGUAGAUGUGAUCCACUCGUAUCAUUCCUCUUGGUGACUGUGGUUGGAAUGGCCGUUCUGGGAUUUGUUUUUACUCUCUUAUACUGUUUUAUGGACUCUAAAACCUGGCUUUCAUCCCUGAUUUUCCAUGUGACCGCUGUGGCUUUUGGAAUGGGAAUCAUGGUGCCCUGGUUCUACCGGCUGACCAGAAACCAUCUUUUUUCUUGGCUUCUCAACUUCCUUACAUCCACCAGAACCAGAAUCUACCUACUGAGCUACUGGGUCACAUUGGCAUUUCUUGCUUCUAUCAUUGUCCUUCAUCAGAACAGUAAGCAAUCAUCUGGGUCUAAAGAGUACAAAGCUUCAACUGCUAUGCGGAAAAGCUUUCAUUUCAUCAUAGUGGCAACCUAUGUCCCUGGUCUCAUCUAUGAUCGUCCACUACUCUAUGCUGCUGCUGUUGUUUGCUUUGCUGCAUUUGUGAUGUUGGAAUAUAUAAGGCAUUUUAGGAUUAAACCACUCGGAAUGAUGUUGAGACCAAUGCUAGCCCUGUUCCUUGAUGACCGUGAUAGUGGUCCUUUGAUCCUGACACACAUUUACUUGCUGCUAGGACUGACCCUGCCUGUAUGGCUUUUCCCUGGUAUGUUUGCUCCACAGAGUUUUUUUCCCGGAGAGGUAGCACUGGCUCCAUACGCUGGGGUUCUGGCUGUGGGCAUUGGCGACGCCUUGGCUUCUGCUAUUGGAAGCACAAUGGGAGAAGUUAGGUGGCCUGCAACAAAGAAAACCUUUGAAGGUACAGCAACCUCUGUCUUUGCCCAAAUCAUUGCUGUUGCUUUGAUUCUGAUCUUUGAUAAAACAGUGAGUCUGAAUGGCAGCUACACCUGGAUCGUGGGGUCUCUUGGUAUAGUCUCCCUGCUAGAAGCUUACACUGACCAAAUAGACAAUCUUUUACUGCCCUUGUAUCUUUUCCUUAUGCUAAUGGUUUGAAUGAGAGAAUUGGAUGUACACUGACAUUGCAGCAUAUUAUCUGUUUUUGCUGGUCCAAGGGCAGAUACUACCCAAAAAAAAGGAAAUCAUUAUACUUGGAGGUGAUUCCAAACAAAUUAAUAUCUAAUUGAUAAAUUAUUACUGUAAAGUAAUGAUAACUCUAAUAUAAAAGAAUGUGUCCAGGCUUUUCCCAACAGUGAAUUCAUUCUCCGAAGUGAAAUUAAGCCAUACACUCCAGGAACGUCACUUAUUUGUUCUCUAGUCUAGAUCGAUUUAACCAGCUCAUCCUGGCUAGGUAAAUUAAUUAAAAUAAAUCAGCCAGAGCAUCCAGAAUCUAUAAAGAAAGGAAGAUCUUGAAACGUAAGGUGUACCUUUUGUUUAUAGCAAUGAGCAAAGAACUGUGCCUUAAGCAUCAGAAUGGUAAAGGCCACAACUGCUGUCUCUCACAUGAACCUCAACACAGGUCAUCAGUAAGAGGGAACUCUUGUCGAGUGGUAUUUUCUCUGUUCAGCAAAAAUGAAACAGAAAUUGUGCACCCCAACCAUUGAUGCAAUCAUGUCAAUGCUCUAUAUUUCUGACAUACAUUUUUUCACACAGUUGGAAGUCACAAUUCGCUUUAAAAUAGUGCAACUACUGAAUUCUGAGAUAAACAUCCGCAUUGCUGGAAACACUCAAUGUCUGACCUGCAAAGUAUAACAAAAAGACAAAGUUAAUAUUUAAGGUCUAAUCUUUUAAGUGUUCUGAUUGAGCGUGAAAGCGGAAGGGUUACCCUUUGACCUUUGAUAGUUAGCCAGACAAAAUUUUGAGUCCUUCCAAAAUGCUCUGUCUCUGUUCCAGAUUUCCAGCAUCUCCAGUCUCCAUUACCAUUCCUGAUCAUAUCCAGAAAAUCGUGAUGAUGAUACGUCCUUGUGGAUUUUAGGCCAGGAUGACAUAAUCUCAAUAUAAAAUGUUCUUUCACCUCCCCAACCUGGCAUUACCGAAUGGAGCGGAACAAAUUACAAAACUGAAAACAAAAAAUGCUGGAGAUUGAGGGGGAAAAUAAUCUUUAUCUGUCGUCUCAACAAGAAAAUCUUGUGAUAAUAAUGUGUUUAGGAUUUGUUGCUGAUAAUUGGUGAUUGAGAUGGAUAGAUCACACCGCAACCAUCUCAAACUUAAUUAUGUGACUUAUGCCUGAUGGACCUUAAGAUUUUGUUCAGUGUAAGAUCAUGGCUAAAACCUAUACAGUGUACAUAUCGGUAAAUGGAGUGAACAUUAAUUCUUAAUGAAACCACGUCAAGUAGCAACGGUACAAAGAGGUAUGUUUGUUACUAGAGUAACAUGGAGCAAUGCAGAACAUACACAAAAUAGUACCUAAUCUCUUAUACUUCAUUAAUUUAAGGAAAUUGUGAUCUGUCAUUUGGAAAAGAAGCACUGAACGGAGUGAAGGAUUUUUCUCAGUGUGAGCGGAGAGAAGGUUAGAUGGGUAAAGAUUUGGCAAUAGAGUUCAUUCUGUCCACCUUACAGGUACUGAUCCAGAAAAUAACAGAAACUGGAAGUCAGUUGCCAACCAUUCAGCAGUGAUUAGUAUAUAAUCUUACAGAAAAAGCAGGAAGAGAAUUAAGUGAUAGAGUAAUUCAACCUGCCCUGCCCUUCAAUAAAAUCACACCUGAUCAUCUGACUCGAUGCCAUUUUCCUGCAUGCUCCCUGUCUAUCUCAGCUUUAAGUAAAUAAUGAGGGAGCAUUCAUAACCUUUACCCUUUGAGUGAAUACAUUUCUCCCCAUCACAGUCCCAAACAAUCGCACCAUAACCUGAGAUUGUGCCCAUGUUCUUGAUUUCUCAACCAGGAGAAACAACUUCAUUGUCUGCCCUGUCAGGUCCAUGAUUCUAAAAGCUCUGGUUUUGGUUUGGUGUAAAUUUUUAACUUAUUAUGCCCUUAUUAAACACCUUGGAUACAUUUCUUAUGUCAAAUGCACUAUUUAAAUAUCAAUUUUUAAUGCAAGUUGCAAAAAGAAUACAGAAAGACCCAUGUGUCAGACACAUGCACGACAAAAAAAUGCCUACAAUGAUCUUUAGUUGCUCAAGGACAAAUUCACAACUGCAUCACAUUUUGCACUAACUUAUUUUUAAACAUUUAUGCUUGUCUUUUGCUGAUAUGUGAUAUGAGUGUCAUAUUCCAAAUUUCACUAUUUCAACUCGGUUGGUUGUUAGUUUAUCCCAUGUUUUCUAAUUGGACAGUAGUUAAUACCCACCAGAGAAAUUCCAUCUCCUGGAUGAAAGAAAUUACUAACUCAAUAAUUGGCUGGUGAACUUUUUAAUAAACUUUUUUUUGGUGGGGUGGGAUUGUGAGGAGUGAAAUAUUGCUGCUUAUUGCAAAACAUUCGUUUAAAUGAGCAGAGCUGUCUGAUCAACCAUCUCUUUAAAUGGUUACUAUUCACCUUAUUUUCAAAUAAUGCAUAAAUGGGGGAAUCAGUGGUUUUACUCAUAAUGUCACUAGACUAAUAAUUUAAAGGCCCAGGCUAAUGUCUGGGGACAUGGGUUCAUCCCACUGUGGUCGAUAAUGGAAUUUAAACUAAUUAAUAAAUCCGAUACCAAGAUAGUCUCAGUGAUUGUGACCAUGAAACUAUCAAUAAUUUGUUGUAAAAACCCAUCUGGCUCACAAAUGCCCUCAGGGAAGAAAAACUGCCAUUCUUACCUGUUGUAACCUAGAUGUGAUCCCAGACCCACAACAACAUGAUUGACUCUUAACUGCUCUCUCAAAUAAGCCAUUCAGUUCAAGAUCAAUUAGGGCUGGGCAAGGCAAAUCCUGAGCUUGCCAGCAAAACCCACAUCCCAUGAAAGAAUAGAGAAUAUGAAAACAGUUAUAUUAGAUAAUAUUUUAUCAGGUCAUGGAAUAAGCUAGGUAUCUUGGUCCUAGUUACACCCUAGUGACUUUAGUGAGAAAGAUGGGAGUGUUUGUAUCAACGUAGAGUUGGUUCAAACUUGGAUACGAUGUAUUCAUGGUGAGGUAGGCUUGUAAAUGAAGAAUGAUCAUGGGUCCAUACACUGGAUAGUUGUCGAAUGAGAGGAGCAGCAAAUGAAUACCCGCAGUGGAGAUGGCAGGAAACCAAUAAUUUUAUACUGUAGUUUUUCCCUAUGGCUAGUCGCCCAAAUUUGUAUUUCAUUCCAAGAAAAAUAAGCACACAUCAUUGAAUACAACAAAAUGGAUAUUGUCUCUUCUUACUUAAGUUUGCUGGAAGACAGAUAAAUUCAAGCACUGUCGUCGGCUGAACACAAGUUAAAUAUUUCCCCAAAGUUGGUUUCUUUUUCUUUGACUUAAAUUAUGAUCUACACUGUUGACUUUAAGAAAUUUACUAAAAUUAAAUGUCUUGAUUGUAAACCUUUGAUAAGAUGCAUGCAUAACUGUUUAUAAUGGCAAAAGAUUUACAAACAGAAGAUUCUGUGAGGCUAGAAAAUAGUAAUAAACCAUGUAAAAAUGAAUCUAUAGUUAAAUUCCAUGUGCUGCAAUUACUCAAUAAAUGCUUUGUUAACUUCUGAUAUGUAAAAGAACCUUCACAUAACUGCAUGGUGCCUGACAGCUAAAUUAGUUUUAUUUUUACAAUGUUGCACCGAUAGUGUAUCUGUUUUAACAUAGCUCUUGUCUUCACAUACUAGUUGUAAUGAAUCGUGAGUAAUUGUUUUUGUAGCGUUUUCUGUCUUCUAGCUGAUUUUAAUAUCACCUCUGCUUCCUCCUACACCAUCUCCUACACUCUGUCUCUUGCUUGUAGCCUCUUUCCAGUACCACCAUUCCAUCUAUUUCAGUGAUGAGAAGAGAUGUCUAUGCUAUGUAUCUGCGUUUUCACAAUUAACAAUCAGCGAUCAGAGGCUGAUCACUGUUAUUGUAUUCCACAGAGGAAUCAAGGUUUUGAAAUCAUCUCUAAGGAACUAUUGGAAUGAGAAGGGGAGAAGUGGGAAAACAGGAAAGGAAACAAAAGUGCAGCAAGAAAAAAUUCAAAAUCAGACUUAAUCUUCUGAAGGCAGUUAGAGAUGGACAAUAACGGACAAUAAAUGCUUGUCUAGCCAGUGACUUCUACAUCCUGUGACAAAUUUUCAGAAAUACCCAUGCACACAGACACCUAAACUUCCCAGUUUAAAAAGUUUAUAAUUUUAGCCCCUUCAUUCAGGUUUGAACUACUCUAGGGCACACUUCUAAUAAAGUGGUUAAGCAAAGCCUACUGAGCUCUGAUAGAGUCAUACAGCAUGCAAACAGACCCUUUCUCAGAGCUUCCAUUUGCAUGCUCGCCCAAUGAGCAAUACCUCCACAGAUGCAACAUAUAUUAACAGUACAAACUGCAGUGUAAUUCAUCCACCAGCCUCUCUUUUUUUCUCUCUCUCUCUCUCCCACCCCAUCUUUAAGCAUGGCCAGUUCAAAAGUCUAUUUCUGAACAUGCUGCACUUCAUCAUAUAUUGGUCACCAAUCAGCAUCCUUAUGCUGAGCUGUACUGUAGUGAAGUACAGAAGUUUUGGACUGUAUUCACUGGAAGUAUAAAAUGUCAAACAAGAAUAAAAUCAGAAUCUAUUGAUCAUUCAUCCUGCAUUAUUGCUUUUCUUUCUUUCAUUCUUAUUAGCUCUCUAUCAUUACUAUUUCCAUAUCUUGGGGAUCAACAAAAUACUGUCAAAGUUGUAAACAAGUUACCCAAAACUUACUAAUUCUAAUGAAUACUUGAGUAUUUGAGCCAAGAUCCUCAGGCAUCCAAGCAGGGUGCAAGACUUUACUCAAUUUCUGACAAAUUUACUCCAACAUACUGAAAGAACUAGCUCCAAUGAGAAAAGUAAAAUACCAUGGAUGCUGAAAAUCUGAAAUAAAAACAGAAAGUGCUGGAAAAAUUCAGCAGGUCUAGCAGCAUUUGUGGAAAAUGUUUUGAGUCUGAUAUAAAUCUUCUUCCAAACUCUUUCUACCUUUUAUUAGAGGUUGCAUAUUACAAAUUUCCAUCUGAACAAAUGUGUAUUUUUUAAAAUAAUUCAAAUUCUUAGAAGAGAAUCAAGCAAAGCAUAGGAUAGAUGAAUUGCAAAUUUAUUCCAGAAUAGGUAAAAUGUGAGGUCAAUACAAAUCACAGUAAGAGUAGGAAGGAUGCAAAAAGACAGUUGCAGAGGGUUACAAUUUACUUAAAUCCAUGAGCACGCCACUGAAAAAUAGUUCAUCAUAAUGAGAUUUAUUUUGUAAAUAUAUUGUCAUCACAAUCUAAAAUAUUAUUCAUUACAGCUAACAGCAGAAUACAUUACACCUGAACACAUAAUGUAUUUCUGUAUUGCACUGGCUCUGGUUAAAAAGAUGGAGGUGAAGAGUAUAAAAAUGGGAAUGGUAGUUCUGGAGUUGGCUGCAACCUGGAAUUAAGAAAAGCAAAAGCAUAUUUCAGCACAUGCACCUAAACAACAAUCAGCAAGUUUUAUUCAAUCAUACACUGUUUCAUAUGAAGGAAUCGUGCAAUGUUACA